AAAUUCCCACGAAUGCAACAAAAUUACCAAUUUACCCAAAAUAUACCCCUUGCGCGCUUCCCCAGUCCGAAAGAGCUUCAACUUGAAUAUAUCUCAGUAGGGUUGCCGCAGAUAAACGCCACCAUCUCCGCUGUCUCCUUCCUCUUUCUCUUUCUAGAACCUUCGCCUAUUAAAAAAUGGGAGCUUCGCUUCCUCCCAAAGAGGCCAACCUCUUCAAACUCAUCGUAAAAUCAUAUGAGACAAAGCAGUACAAGAAAGGCUUGAAAGCUGCUGACACUAUUCUCAAGAAAUUUCCCGACCAUGGAGAAACACUAGCAAUGAAAGGAUUAACACUGAAUUGUGUAGACCGCAAAUCAGAAGCAUAUGAACUUGUCCGGCUUGGAUUGAAGAAAGACCUUAAGAGUCAUGUUUGUUGGCAUGUAUAUGGGCUCCUAUACCGGUCAGAUAGAGAGUACCGAGAAGCAAUUAAGUGCUAUCGCAAUGCCCUUAGAAUUGAUCCUGACAACAUCGAGAUAUUACGUGACCUAUCCCUUUUACAGGCACAAAUGCGUGACUUGUCAGGUUUUGUUGAAACGAGACAGCAAUUGCUCACUCUGAAGCCAAAUCAUCGCAUGAAUUGGAUUGGCUUUGCUGUUUCUCAUCAUUUAAACUCCAAUGGGUCAAAAGCUGUUGAUAUCCUUGAGGCAUUUGAAGGGACUCUCGAAGAUGAUUAUCCUCCAGAAAAUGAACGUUGUGAGCACGGGGAGAUGCUUCUAUACAAGGUUUCUCUGUUAGAGGAAUGUGGUUUUUUUGAGAGGGCCCUUGAAGAGUUGCACAAGAAAGAGUCUAAGAUUUUUGACAAAUUGGGCUACAAGGAGCAAGAGGUUUCGCUUCUUUUGAAGCUUCACCGUUUUGAAGAAGGUGAAAGAUUGUUUAGAGUGCUACUCUCAAUGAAUCCUGACAAUUACAGAUACUAUGAGGGGUUACAAAGAUGUCUGGGACUGUAUUCUGAAAACGGGCAGUAUAGUUCUGAUGAAAUUGAUAGGCUUGAAACUUUGUACAAGUCACAUGCCCAGCAAUAUAGUAGAUCAUCUGCUGUAAAGAGAAUUCCACUUGAUUUUCUUAGCGAUGGCAAGUUUCGGGAAGCAGCCGAGAACUAUGUUCGACCUCUUCUGACAAAAGGCGUUCCUUCCUUGUUUUCUGAUCUUUAUCCACUGUACCAUCACGCUGGCAAGGCCAAUAUUCUAGGGGAAUUGUUCCUGAGUAUGGAGAAGUCAAUUAAGACUACUGGUGGAUAUCCCGAGAGUGAGGGAAAAGAGCCCCCUUCAACACUUGUGUGGAUUUUGUUCUAUUUGGCUCAGCAUUAUGAUAGAUGUGGACAGUAUGACAUUGCUCUUGUAAAAAUUGAUGAGGCAAUAGAACAUACUCCGACGGUCAUAGAUUUAUACUCUGUCAAGAGCCGCAUAUUAAAGCAUAGUGGUGACUUGACAGCUGCUGCGGCAUUGGCGGAUGAAGCCAGGUGUAUGGAUCUUUCAGAUCGCUAUGUUAACAGUGAAUGUGUCAAGCGUAUGCUUCAGGCUGAUCAGGUGGCGUUAGCUGAAAAGACGGCUUUUUUGUUCACAAAAGAAGGAGAUCAACUGAACAACCUUUACGAUAUGCAGUGCAUGUGGUAUGAACUGGAAUCUGGGGAAAGUUAUCUGCGCCAAGGCGAGCUUGGGCGGGCCUUAAAGAAAUUUCUGGCUGUAGAAAAACAUUAUUCAGAUAUCACGGAGGACCAAUUUGAUUUUCACUCUUAUUGCUUAAGGAAAAUGACACUACGCACCUACGUUGAAAUGCUGAAAUUUCAAGAUCGGCUCCAUUCACACGCUUAUUUUCGCAAAGCAGCAAGUGGUGCUAUCAGAUGUUACCUGAGGCUGUAUGAUUGUCCUCCAAAGUCGGCAGCUGAAGAAAAUGACGAGAUGUCUAAGCUACCUCCCUCUCAGAAAAAGAAAUUAAGGCAAAAAUUGAGGAAAGCAGAGGCCCGAGCUAAGAAAGAUGCAGAUGUCAAAAAUGAGGAAUCAAGUUCAACUAGUGUUGCAAAAUCAGGGAAGCGCCAGGUGAAGCCUGUAGAUCCUGAUCCAUAUGGUGAAAAAUUGGUUCAGAUUGAAGAUCCUCUGGCUGAGGCUACGAAGUACCUGAAGCUGCUACUUAAGCACUCGUGUGAUUGCUUGGGGACACAUUUACUAUCCUUUGAAGUAAACAUGAGGAAACAGAAAAUCUUGCUUGCCUUGCAGGCUGUAAAGCAUCUAUUGAGGUUGGAUGCAGAAAAUCCAGAAUCUCAUCUCUGUUUGAUAAAAUUCUUCCAUAAAGUAGGAGAGUUGCCUUCACCAGUGACCGAGACCGAAAAACUUGUGUGGCGUGUCUUAGAAGUCGAGCGACCUACCUUUAGUCAGUUGCACGAGAAAUCACUAAUUGAGGCAAACUACGUUUUCCUUGAAAAGCAUAAAGAAUCAUUGAUGCACAGGGCUGCAGUGGCUGAGUUAAUGUAUGUCCUGGAACCAACCAGGAAGGCUGCGGCUGUCAAGUUAAUUGAAGACUGGGUUAAUGAUGUUGUUUCUAUAGAUGGUGUACAAGGAGCUGUUAGGACAUGGAAACUGAAAGACUGCAUUUCACUUCACAAAAUCCUGGAGAAAACCUUGAAUGACCAUGAUGCUGCAUUGAGAUGGAAAACGCGCUGCGCCGAAUUCUUCCCGUUCUCAACAUAUUUUGAAGGUAUUCGUAGCUCAGCUACAAGUACAGCUUUCCAUCAGACACAGAAAAUCCCUGGAAAUGGGGUUGUCAACUUGAAUACUGGUGAAACUUCUGCUUUGCUUUCAUCAAAUGGGAGAUUAGAUAAGCUGGACACACUGAAGGAUCUACAUAUCUAAUUGUAUAUUUCAUGCUGAAGUAAGUUGCCCUCAAGAGUACCGGAGAAGCUAAUUGAAACCAUAUUUUUGACCUCCGAAUGUGCUCCUACACCGAUGGCAAGGAUCAAAUGGGAUUAAGGUCUCCCGAAGACUGAGACAUCUGAUGAUUUCUUGCUUUCAGACAGACUUCCUUUCGCAACAGUUCUCCAUCCCUGGGUUCAAUUUCUUGGCUUCUGUGUAUAUUUGAUCUGAUAUUGUUAUGAUGGUAUAGCAUUGUCUGGUUGCUCAGGGUCAGGCCAGAUACCAGAAAAGGAGUUUCUUGGCCUAGUUCAACAACUUAGAGAUCGAGUGAGCUCUCCGGGAAGUCUUCAGAGUCUGAAUAUUGUGUACCACUAGCAUAGAACAAUAUGCCAAGCUAGAUGACACUGAAGGCUUGUGUAUUAUUCAGUUUUGUCAAGCAUUUUUAAUGGACGAACACGGUAUGUCAAGGUUUUUGUGAUAGUACUCGGAGAAAAUUACAAAUUGAUAAAGAGUUGCGGGGAUGAUUUUCCGUAUAUAUGCUAAAGCUUUAUGCCUUUAACUGGA